GGAGGCACCACCAUCAAAAAAAAAAAAAAGGAGAGAUUGCGAAAUUGCAGUAAACUAAAGUUCAAUCUUUACACUUGUCACAUUUAAUCAUUUGGCAACGCAGUCAAUCAGCACCGCAUUGAGAGCCUACAGUAUUUUUAGCAGGGAAGCUACAAAAAGCACAAACAUGGGAGAAUGGGGCUUUCUCUCCAAGCUCUUGGACAAAGUGCAGUCUCACUCCACGGUCAUUGGGAAGGUGUGGCUCACGGUUCUCUUCGUAUUCAGGAUUAUGGUUCUUGGGGCCGGGGCGGAGAAGGUGUGGAGCGACGAACAAUCGAAAAUGAUCUGCAACACUAGACAGCCUGGUUGUAAGAACGUCUGCUACGAUCACAGCUUUCCAAUCUCACACGUUCGCUUCUGGGUUAUCCAGAUCAUCUUCGUGUCCACACCAACGCUUCUGUACUUCGGCCACGUAUUGCACGUGCUUCACCAGGAGAAAAAAAUUACGGAAUCUCUGGAAAAAGAGACUGGGAAACAAGGCAUCAGACACAGAUACAUAGACGAUCGAGGGAAACUCAUAAUCAAGGGACAACUGUUAGGUAGCUACCUGACCAGUCUGUUUGUUAAGAUUUUGCUGGAGGCUGCGUUCAUCGUAGGCCAAUACUAUCUUUACGGUUUCAUAAUGUAUCCCAAGAUCGAAUGUUCAGAAUCACCGUGCCCUCAUACGGUAGAGUGUUUUAUGUCACGACCAACAGAGAAGACCAUUUUUAUCAUCUUCAUGUUGGCGAUGUCGUGCAUCUCUCUGCUUCUGAAUGUGGUGGAGAUGUUGUACCUGAUUUGCUGCAGGUCAAAGAAACGUCGCGCCAGGCAUAUAAAUUCAUCCACUAAAGCGUUAAAUGGAUCAAAAAUUUAAAUUAGAGAAACUGUAAGCUCUAAUAACAUUUAAAGCACACGAAGAAAACAUGUAAAUGACACUUGUGUCAGAUUACUGUCAGGAUGUCACUGUGAUUUCACCAAGUAAGAUGUGAUCCUGGAUCAACGUUUUAAUCAAAGAAACCAUAACUCAAACCCUAACCAUUUUUUAACCCUCAAAUUAAUGUGAAAUAAUAGUUUGAGAAGAAUUUUUUUAACCCAAUCCUAAAUCUAAAACUAACAUACACCCUAAUCCUGCAAUCUGAUUGGUUAAUAAAAAUGUUGAUCCAGGACCAACAAUGCUCACAUCCCACUUGGUGAAAUCACAUUCACUGUCUGGGUUGACAAUUGUCAGCGUAUCAAUUUUUGGAUCUGGAUUUUAUACAGUAAAGUAUUGUGAUUUUGUGAUAAAUUUGUUUUGCACAUAUUGUUGUUUGCUUUUGAAUGAUUCUUUGUUUUUUAGACAAUGUCUUAUCGAUGUAUUAUCAGAAUGAAUGAUAAGAAAUAUCUGCAUGAUGCAACAGGGCAUUUCAGUUAGUUAUAUAUGGAUUUAGUGUAUUAAACUUCAAGCCUUUCUGUGGUAAGAUAAUGACUUAUAUGAGUUUAUGUAACUUAUCUUAUCAUAUGACAGUUUUUUUAUGCCCAUUGUUUGUGAAAAACAGCACAAAGUUCACAGUCAACCUAUUAUUUGUGUACACAUAUUUUUCCAUAAAUUGCCAUAUAUAUAUAUAUAUAUAUAUAUAUAUAUAUAUAUAUAUAUAUAUAUAUAUAUAUAUAUAUAUAUAUAUAUAUAUAUAUAUAUAUAUAUAUAUAUAUAUGGCAUUUCAAAAGAUCCAGAAACACUUCCUGUUACAGUUUGUGACCGUUUUUUUUUUCACAUAUAUCAUUAUCUUUAAGAUGUUUUUUGAUGCCCAUUGUUUGUGAAAAACAGCACAAAGUUCACAGUAAACCUAUUAUUUGUGUACACAUAUUUUCAGGUUUAUAUGUUCUGUUGGUUUAUUUUAUCCCAACGUUUAUAGUGUUAAAAAACUGAAACAGGAAUAUAUAUAGUUUAUGGUUAUAUCCUCUGUUUGGUUCAAAUAAACCCUGUGUCUGUCAUCAUGAAACCAUACAGUGUUAUUAUUGACAGUUAUGAGCAUCUAUAUUGUUAAGAUAAUUCAUAACUUUAUAUUGAAACUAAUCUGACUGUUAAAACUUUAUUUGUAAAUAUUGUUUUUGUAGGCGAUAAAGCACAAAAAUAAAACAUUUUUUCAUAAAACCCCCAAGUAACUGACAAUGUUAAACUUAACACAUAUAUUCAUCUGUGGUUAUUAAUGUUUAAAAAUGUUAAAACUUACAUUUAAAAAUGCUCAAGCACAUAUCUGCUUUAGAUAAGAUUAUUAUCUGUGAAGUGUGUUGGACAGAAAAGAAUCAGUGGUCCUCAUGCGCCAGCUGUUGGCGAAAGGAGGUAUUAAACAUUUUCCUGAUUUAUCUUU